AUGCCACCAAAGAAGGUUGUAAAAGCCCCUGCCAAGGGCAAAAAGGCGUCUACUCACCUUGUCGCCGCCGCCGCGAGCAGCAGCAGCAGCAGCAGCAGCAGCAGCAGCACCACCGCUACCACCACAGUUGUCGCCAGUUGCGAGCCCCAGAAGAGCGUCAAGAGUAGCAAGGAGUGGCAGGCCGCCAAUCCUGCUAAGAAAAAAGCAAUGGUCCAGGCUGCGCGCUCCAAAAAGGAGCAAGAAGAGAGAGACAAAAGCCUUGAUUGGCGAGAGGCGGCAAGAAAUAUGGGCUUUCGGGCCAAGGGCGAUAACUUUCUUUGGAGAGAGGGCUGUCCGAUUUACGGCACCGCAGGAGCCUCGGAUCCCACCGAGGAGGAGGAGGAGGAGGAGGAGGAGGAGGAGGAAUUGCCUUUCUCUCUCCCAGACGACGAGCCAACAAUCAAGAAACGCCGCCGGGAAGACAAAGACGAUGACAAAGACGACCCCAGCGGGGAUUAUACCAAACGGUAUAUGAGCUAUUCCAUUCCUCGCCAAACUGCCGUCGCCUUCUCCGGUGCUCUGCGGUCUUCGAUUGAGACUGUCGCUGCUGCCGCCGUUCUGUCGUUCCUUCUGGCUCUUCGUAAAGCUGCCGGAGGGCGCAAUAUCUGGACUUGUUUGAUCGAAUCCUGCGAGCUGCAUGCUUAA